AUGGGCUGGCUCACUGAGGUGGCCUGGCUCUUCUGGGGAGUGCUGCUCACCGCCAGAGCCAGCUACCAGAACGGGAAGAACAAUGUGCCAAGGCUGAAAUUAUCCUACAAAGAAAUGCUGGAAUCCAACAAUGUUAUCACUUUCAAUGGCUUGGCCAACAGCUCCAAUUACCAUACCUUUCUUUUGGAUGAGGAACGAAGCAGGCUGUAUGUUGGAGCAAAGGAUCACAUAUUUUCAUUCAACCUGGUUAAUAUCAAGGAUUAUCAAAAGAUUGUGUGGCCAGUAUCUUACACCAGAAGGGAUGAAUGCAAAUGGGCUGGAAAAGAUAUUCUGAAAGAAUGUGCUAAUUUCAUCAAGGUGCUUAAAGCUUACAAUCAGACUCACUUAUACGCCUGUGGCACGGGGGCUUUUCAUCCGAUUUGCACCUACAUUGAAGUUGGACAUCAUCCUGAGGACAACAUUUUUAAGCUGGAAGAUUCACACUUUGAAAAUGGCCGUGGGAAGAGUCCAUAUGACCCUAAGCUGCAAACAGCAUCUCUCUUAAUAGAUGGAGAGUUAUACUCCGGAACGGCAGCUGAUUUUAUGGGCCGAGACUUUGCUAUCUUCCGAACUCUUGGGCACCACCACCCAAUCAGGACAGAGCAGCAUGAUUCCAGGUGGCUCAAUGAUCCAAGGUUCAUUAGUGCCCACCUUAUCCCAGAGAGUGACAACCCUGAAGAUGACAAAGUAUAUUUUUUCUUCCGUGAAAAUGCGAUAGAUGGAGAACACACUGGAAAAGCCACUCACGCUAGAAUAGGUCAGAUAUGCAAGAAUGACUUCGGGGGGCACAGAAGUCUGGUGAAUAAGUGGACGACAUUCCUCAAAGCUCGUCUGAUUUGCUCAGUGCCAGGUCCAAACGGCAUUGACACUCACUUUGAUGAACUUCAGGAUAUAUUCCUAAUGAAUUCUAAAGAUCCUAAAAAUCCAAUUGUAUAUGGAGUGUUUACAACUUCCAGUAACAUCUUCAAGGGGUCAGCUGUGUGUAUGUACAGCAUGAGUGAUGUGAGAAGGGUGUUCCUUGGUCCCUAUGCUCACAGGGAUGGUCCCAACUACCAGUGGGUGCCUUAUCAAGGAAGAGUCCCCUACCCACGACCAGGAACUUGUCCCAGCAAAACAUUUGGUGGAUUUGACUCUACCAAAGACCUUCCUGAUGAUGUUAUAACAUUUGCAAGAAGUCAUCCAGCCAUGUACAAUCCAGUGUUUCCUAUUAAUAACCGCCCAGUAAUGGUCAAAACAGAUGUAAAUUAUCAGUUUACACAAAUUGUAGUGGAUCGAGUGGAUGCAGAAGAUGGCCAGUAUGAUGUCAUGUUUAUUGGAACAGAUGUCGGAACUAUUCUUAAAGUGGUUUCAAUUCCAAAAGAGACUUGGCAUGAUUUAGAAGAAGUUCUGCUGGAAGAAAUGGCAGUUUUUCGGGAACCAACUACUAUUUCAGCAAUGGAGCUUUCCACUAAGCAGCAACAGCUCUAUGUCGGCUCCAUGGCGGGGGUUGCCCAGCUGCCCCUGCACCGCUGUGAUAUCUACGGGAAAGCCUGUGCCGAGUGCUGCCUCGCCCGAGACCCCUACUGCGCCUGGGACGGCUCCUCUUGCUCUCGCUACUUUCCUACCGCCAAGAGACGUACAAGACGACAAGAUAUACGAAAUGGAGACCCAUUAACUCACUGUUUAGACUUACAACACCAUGAUAAGCACCAUGACCACAGCCUUGAAGAAAGAAUCAUCUAUGGGGUAGAAAAUAGCAGCACAUUUCUGGAAUGUAGCCCCAAAUCACAGCGAGCUCUGGUCUAUUGGCAGUUCCAGAGGCGAAAUGAAGAGCGAAAACAAGAGAUUAGAGUGGACGAUCAUAUCAUCAGGACAGAACAAGGCCUUCUACUGCGCAGUCUACAGCGGAAGAAUUCAGGCAACUACCUGUGUCAUGCCGUGGAACACGGCUUCAUGCAAACUCUUCUUAAAGUGACCCUGGAAGUGAUUGACACAGAGCAUUUGGAAGAACUUCUUCAUAAAUAUGACGAUGGAGAUGGCCCUAAGACCAAAGAAAUGGCCCACAGCAUGACACCUAGCCAGAAGGUCUGGUACAGAGACUUCAUGCAGCUCAUCAACCACCCCAACCUGAACACAAUGGAUGAGUUCUGUGAACAAGUGUGGAAAAGGGACCGAAAGCAACGCCGGCAAAGGCCAGGACAUACCCAAGGGAACAGUAACAAAUGGAAGCAUUUGCAGGAAAAUAAGAAAGGUAGAAACAGGAGGACCCACGAAUUUGAGAGGGCACCCAGAAGUGUCUGA